CAGCAGGUAUUGGCUAACUACAAGUUUCUGUCUAGAAGGGAGCAGGACAGGAGAGAGCGGUGGACAUGCUGAUGAAGCUUCAGCUCUCCCUGUUGGUCAUCCUGCUGCUUGCCUGUGGCUUCCUCUACCAGUUCACCCUGAAGUCCAGCUGCCUCUUCCCCCACCUGCCUCCCUACAAGUCCCAGCAGGGGCUGGAAGCCCUCCUGGGCCAUGGGCGCAGCAUCGUGUUCCUAGAGACCUCAGAGAGAAUGGAGCUAUCCCCGCUGGUCUCCUGUGCUGUGGAGUCGGCGGCCAAGGUCUACCCUGAGCAGCCUGUGCUGUUACUUAUGAAAGGGCUCAACAGUUCCAUGCAGCUGCCCCCAAACUCCACUUCCCCAGCCCUUUCCCUCCUCUCAGCAAUAGACAAUGUUUUCCUCUUCCCGUUGGAUAUGAAAAGCCUGUUUGAAGACACACCGUUGUUUUCGUGGUACACUCAAAUCAACAGCAGCACAGAGAGAUACUGGCUCCAUGUCAGUUCAGAUGCAUCCCGCCUGGCCUUCAUCUGGAAGUACGGCGGUGUCUACAUGGACACUGAUGUCAUCUCCAUCAGACCCAUCCCCGAGGACAACUUUCUGGCUGCACAGACAUCUCAGUUCUCCAGUAAUGGGGUGUUUGGAUUCCUCCCCCACCACCCUUUCCUGUGGCAGUGCAUGGAAAACUUUGUGGAAAAUUACAAUCCAGAUAUUUGGGGCCACCAGGGUCCCGAAUUGAUGACGAGGAUUUUGAGAGUGUGGUGCAAACUCAGAGACUUCCAGGAGGUGAGCGACCUCAAGUGUUUAAACUUCUCCUUCUUACACCCCCAAAGAUUUUACCCCAUCUCCUAUGUAGCGUGGAGGCGCUACUAUGAAGCCUGGGACACAGAGCCGAGCUUCAAUGACUCCUACGCGCUGCAUCUGUGGAACCAUAUGAACCAGGAAGGGAGGGCUGUGGUCAGAGGAAGCAACACACUGGUGGAAAAUCUCUACCGUAAGCACUGUCCCAAGACUUACAGGGACCUGCUUCAAGGUCCAGAGGGCUCGGUGACUGGGGAGCGGGGCCCAGGUAACAAAUAG